AUGGCACAAUUGAGUCUCGGAGCUGUAAGGUUGAUCCUCCUGCUCCUGCCAUUCCUUUUGAUACAUUCGAGUCAUGGUGCAGUUCUCAACAAGCCUGCGAUUGUCGAGCGUCAAUUUCGAGGUGGAGAUUUUCAAAGAGGAGGCGGCAACCAAGGAGGCAACCAAAGGGGUGGCAACCAGGGAGGUGGCAAUUCGAGAGGAGGCAACAACCAAAUUUGGCUGACAUAUGAUCAAUGGAAUGCUCUGAACAUCCAGAACAGUUAUCGACGAGGAAGAAACUUGAGACCAUUGGUAUGGGAUCGCAUUCUGCAGCAGGAUGCUCAAAACUGGGCGAAUCAUCUGGCGUACAUUGACCAGAUGGUACAUUCCACUCGUCGGGGCAGUGAGGGUGAGAACCUAGCCUGGAUCAGUGGCGGCAGCAAUCCCUUGAGUGCCUCGGCGAAUAUGUGGAUGGCAGAGUCGGAAAACUAUUGGGGUCAGAUUAUUCCAAAUGGAGACUUUGAGUCGUAUGGCCAUUAUAAGUAUGUGGUGGAGUACCAGCAGAAUUGGCAUGGCUAG